AGCACGCGUGCGUUGUUAAAAAGACUUGUUAUUCUAAUAAAUUUUGGUGAAGUGAUUUCGACUGUAGGCAAUUUGAAAACAUUGAUUGCUUUGAUCAUUUGUGUAGUUAAUAGAAAAGUUAAUAUGGAGCAAUAGUUGUUAGUUCCGUGCUCACUAGUGCCUAUCAGAUAAUAUGUCGAGCGGAUCCGGCCUUGAAACCUGAGAUGGCAAUUUGAUCUUCAAGAACUCGACACGCAUAUUGGCGGAGUCACAUAUGACCAAUUCGCAGUUCCAACUCGCGACAGGUCCAAGAAACACGUUCCAACCAGUGCCACUGUAAUGCGACGGAAAGAGCCGGUUUCCGCUCCAAGUGUUGGACGUGGCAGAAGCUUGAUAGCAACCAGGACAAACCAGCAACAGCAACGCAAAAUGCAAGGUACAAAAAGUCAGCUACCUCGAAGUAAUUCAUCACCCGCUCCUCAAAGCGAUACAAAUCAACCGAGCAAUCCAAACAAAGGUUACGUUCUAAGAAGCUUUUCAUCACCCGAAUCUAAACAAUCGAGCAGGCGGGAUUCGGAAUCUUUUUAUCAAGUAAAUUCUCAAGAUUCGCGCAGUGAACUGGAUUCAGAUUUAGACACGUUUGAACACUUUGAAGAAUGCUUGUUGGAUAUUGAUGCAGACGACGACAGUUACGGUCAUUAUAAACGAAGCCCUGACAGUGACGAACCUAAGAGAGUAGUCACGACUCUACUUCCCGGAAGUGGUUUGCAAAGGAUAUCCAUUAGACCAAUAACGUCUAACAUCUUAAAACCCCAUGGAACUCGAGAGGCCCAAAAAAAGUUUAAAAGGGAAAAUGCAGAAAAUAAAAGAUUUUCCCGAUUGAACUUCCGCCCGCUAAUCGUGAAGAUGCCGAGCCAGAACACUCUACUGCCGAUGUCAGAUACGGACUCUAUAGGAAUCGAAGAGUUGCAGACUUCACCGCCUCUGGAACUGGAGAGCUUGGAGCUUGACAGACAAUUAGAUGAUGCAGAAGAACUCUUGAAGAGAGGAGCGGCUAUAGCUGUUGAAGAAAGUGACUCAGAUAUGGUACGUUCCGAAGAAUCCCUGCUAUCCCCUGAAAAGGCCACUAAAUCUUCUCGAUGGAUACCGGAGUUCAACUUGGAUGGCAACAGCAGCCUGAAGCACAACGGCAGUGCCAAAGACCUGGCCUCCGUGAUGGAGAACCUCAAGAAAAGCAGCCUCGCCUCCCGCCAGAACCAGAGUCUGAACACGCAGGUUACGAGCUCCUUGAAACAACAAAUGGUGUCUAGCACUACGUCUAGCAGCGCUGUCACGAGCCAGAGGGUCCAGAGUUCGUCACAGCGCGCCAGUUCGAUGAAGUCGGACCUCACUGAACUGAAAAGUUCAAUUUCUGAAAUGAAAACGCUUAGCAACUCGGCCGCUUUGAACUUCGGACAAAGAUUAAGAAGCUCAAUGGAGAACAUAGUAGAUCAGGAUGAAAAGAAAGAAAGGCAAAUUCCUGACAUACGCGAUCUCAGUGACAUGGGAGAUAUUGGAGACAUUAGCGAUAUGAGUGAUUUGGCAGGCGAAGGACCUCUAGUUACAUUCCCUGAAUCAGAUACACCACCGCCCGACAAACAAUGUCUGUUAGCACCUAACGCUGCGACCGUAGGUUCCAACGCUGCAAAUGAACUAAAAUAUAGUGCUGCACGUAUGACUUCGGCGAGUUCAACGCGUGUUGUGACGGAUGGUUAUAGUGCAUCAAAAUCUAAUGCAAACAGCACAAGAAUGCGACGAUUGCAACACGGAGAUAUGCAAUACGCAGAACACAGCGCGGCUGGGGCGUCUCAUAGACUGUUGCAAGCAGAAGGCCUCACUGCCGAGCAAAAUGCGGCAUAUCACCAAGAAAAGCGGUCAUUACAAGCGGGUGAAGUGACAGCACAAGAAGCUAAUAACAUGUCUGCAUCUAGCUCUCGUUUGCAAACUGAAGCAUUUAGUGCCGAGAAGAAGGCUAUGGCUUCAUCACAGGCUAGGCAGACUGUCACAUCAAGCGGCAUGUUUAGUCAUAAAGAGCAUUCUAGCGUAGCACACUCCAAUAUGACUAUAUCGAGCAAAAAUCUAUCUUCUAAAUCAACUUUACUAUCUUCACAGAUGAGUCAAUUGUUAAAUGGAACCGUAAAACCUGGCGAUGAAGAUCUAUCGAACUUAACAUUUGAAGACUUAGAUAAGUUAGACGCAAAUUCAAAUCAAAAGGAUGUUGAGUUAGCGAUUCAAAAAUAUUCUUACCGAAUGAAUGCAUUUAUAGCAGCUAUGAAAAAUAACCAAAUAGAUAUGAAAAACGCAUGUGUACAAUUUAACAAAUUAAAUGAAAUGGUACGAAGAGCAUGGGCGGUUCCAGCAUACGGACACGAGUUGGGAUACUCUUUAUGCAACAUAUUACGAAAAUCUGGUGGCCUGGAUAUUUUAAUGGCGAACUGCUUAGAAACAAACAACCCUGAUUUACAAUUUUGUUCCGCUAAAUUACUCGAACAAUGCCUUACAACAGAAAAUAGAGCGCACGUAGUAGAGAAUGGACUCGAAAAGGUUGUUAAUGUCGCUUGUGUAUGUACAAAACACGCAAAUUCUGUAGACCAUGCAAGGAUAGGUACUGGAAUAUUAGAACACCUGUUCAAACACAGUGAAGGCACAUGUAGUGAUGUCAUUAAACUCGGAGGUUUAGACGCUGUGUUAUUCGAAUGCAGAAAAAACGAUAUCGAAACUUUGCGUCAUUGUGCAACAGCGCUGGCUAACCUUUCAUUAUACGGCGGAGCUGAAAACCAAGAAGCUAUGAUAAAAAGGAAAGUACCAAUGUGGCUGUUCCCUCUUGCUUUCCACAAUGAUGAUAAUAUCAAGUAUUACGCUUGUUUAGCCAUUGCAGUGUUAGUAGCAAAUAAGGAAAUAGAAGCUGCGGUCCUUAAAUCGGGAACACUGGAUUUAGUAGAACCGUUCGUUACCUCGCAUAACCCGUCUGAAUUUGCUCGUUCUAAUUUAGCACAUGCUCAUGGUCAAAGUAAAAACUGGUUGCAACGAUUAGUCCCUGUAUUGAGCUCGAAAAGAGAAGAAGCUCGAAAUCUGGCAGCAUUCCAUUUUUGUAUGGAGGCUGGGAUAAAGAAACAACAAGGAAAAACUGAAAUAUUUAGGGAAAUAGGAGCAAUUGAAACUUUAAAGAAAGUAGCCAGUUGUCCAAAUGCAGUAGCUUCGAAAUACGCUGCUCAAGCCUUGAGGCUUAUUGGGGAAGAAGUGCCACAUAAGCUGUCGCAGCAAGUACCGCUUUGGUCAAUAGAAGAUGUACGAGAAUGGGUGAAACAAAUAGGUUUUUCAGAAUAUGCGACUAACUUUUACGAAAGUAGGGUGGACGGCGAUUUAUUAUUACAGAUAACAGAAGAUAAUCUCAAAGAAGACAUCGGAUUACAUAAUGGAAUCAAACGUAAGAGAUUCACAAGAGAACUUCAGCAAUUAAAGAAAAUGGCCGACUACAGUUCUCGGGACACCGGCAGCCUAAAUGAGUUUUUACAAAGCAUGGGUCCAGAAUACACAAUAUACACGUAUUCAAUGCUUAACGCUGGCGUCGACAAAGAAUCUAUCAGAGGAUUAAGCGACGAACAACUUGAAGUUGAAUGUCGAAUAGCUAAUAGUAUACAUCGAUUACGGAUUCUGAAUGCCAUACGCGCCUACGACAAUCUGCUCAGCAAAGGUGACGAGAGUCUGGAGAAGAACUUGGACGUAUUUGUUAGCUACAGAAGAUCAAACGGUUCACAAUUAGCGAGUCUGUUGAAAGUUCACCUCCAAGUGCGAGGCUUCACGGUAUUCAUCGACGUGGAGAGAUUGGAAGCGGGGAAGUUCGACAACAAUCUACUGCGAAGUAUACGGCAAGCGAAACACUUUUUGCUCGUGCUCACGCCGAAUGCAUUGGAACGUUGUAAGCACGACAAUGAACAAAAAGACUGGGUACAUCGGGAAAUAGUAGCAGCGCUACAAUCACAAUGUAACAUCGUCCCGAUUAUCGACAACUUCGAGUGGCCCGAGCCGGAGGAGCUGCCGGAAGACAUGCGCGCGGUGUGCCACUUCAACGGCGUGCGGUGGAUCCACGACUACCAGGACGCGUGUGUUGAGAAACUUGAAAGCUUCCUUCGCGGCAAAUCAAACUUGGCGAACAGGAUGGAGGGCCCCCUGCGCAGUCGAGGCGACGUGCAGACUCCGGGCACGGCCGCCAUCGGGCGCGGCCCGCCCAACUACCAGCGCAUGCACUCCAGCGAGAGCCGGGGCAGCGAUAAAGCGGAUUGACUAGAGACGUUGCACACUCUGCCACCAGUCAGACCUCGACGAAGUCGACAGUCUUCAAUGGAAAAAGCUUCAGCAAACUCACAAAGUUGUGAACAACUGUCUAGUAGCAGCACAUCUUCGCCUGUCAAAACCUUAUAUAGCCUACCAGAGAGACUAUCUGAAAGUAGUGAUAAUAUAGACUGUAAACGAAUACAGCCGAUACCACUGAGGUGCCCGUCCUGUGAUGGUUUGCUGGAUUCGAAUGAGCACACACAACUUUCAUUACCUGCACCGCUAGAUGCAACCACACAGACUAAGAGAAAGAAGAAUUUCAUGGACAGAUGUGUGAAUAAAGUGAGACUUUGCUGAUUGUUACUGUAAAUGUGGGUAUUUACCACAAAAUCCACUUUUAUGUAACAAAGUGCUUGCGGAGUGUGUAAAUUAUAGACUGCAUCAGGCUGCAUUUACACAGAAAAAGGAACUUGUGACAAUGUAACAGAGCUUAGCCAUAGAGUUGAGCUCAUUAUUAAUUUUAGCAAACUUGAAAUUUGUGCAUAUUAUUUGUUAUUAUCUAGUCACUGAUUCAACACAUGGCGGAGUUUUUGGUGCAAUAUUUGUAAAUUAAAUACACCGUAUCACAAAAUAUAACAUGCAUAAUAUUUAACUAUAAUUUUUAGGCCUCAGAAAAAUUGUAUACCUAUUACUUGAAAAUAAAAAAAAAUAUUCACAAGUUUUAUUUUUGUGUGUGAAGAGCUAGCCAAUUGGACAUUUUAUUAUUUUUUUAUUGCAUAUUUAAGUGAAUCUUAUUUUAAAGUACAAAAGUGUGCACAAUAAUGUAUGUAAAUAUCAUGUGUAUGCCGCUAUUUAAUUGUGUUUGUGAUCAAUUUAUUGGUAAAUAAAAUUCAUGUAAUCUCAAUGAGUGUAUGUUGAAGAUUUUACAAAUAAUGUGACAAGUGAUUGCUACCCCGCGAUGUUUGCAGAACAUUGCCCGUGGUGGCAAUAAUGGCUGUCGGACAAAUCAGUUUGCCAUUCAUUGCUAUAUGGCAAAUUGUUUUAUUUAUGUUGGCUUAUGAUUUUAUAUGCAUCUCUCUUCACACUCUCUAUAGAAUUUAAAAAAUUAAUUUAUGGAUUAUGUUGCUAUUUUAUUUGUUCUAGUUCUUGCCACUAAAGUAUUUGUGAAAUUUCUUAUGAAAUUUAAAAUUGCAUAAUUAUAUGUGAUAGCUUAGAUCUUUUUGCAUAAUUUAAAUUGAAUUUUAAAUUUGCUGUUUUAAAAAUAAAUAUUGACAUUCAAUGUAGUAAUUUAUUUUCUUCAAUCACUAUCAAAAUUGUUGUAUUGUAAUAUAAAAUGCUGUACAAAAUUUUAUUUUAGGUUUAAUUUUAGUCAUUCACAUGAGUUAACCGUAAUUAUGAUAAUUUUACCUUGUCAUGAUUAUAUUAUUUAUGUUUUAGCCUAACCAUAAUAUAAAUGGUAAUAAACAUGAUAAACGGCUUUUAUUUA